UCCUUAAAAUGUGUGUUUACAUUCUACAGCCGCUGACAUCGGUGUACAAUCUCAGUUGAUAACAAUGUCCUCUCCAAUGUCUAACUUAGUUGAUGUCCACGGUCAGAUAGCCUCUAUACUGGAGGUCUUGGCCAACGCAGCAGUGUCAGAAAUUUGUAAAGUAGUGGAUGAUGGCUACGCAGUUUUGCGCCUUGAAAUUUCGAAGAGUCAAAACGAGAUCGACUCUCUGAAGAAAAAACUGCAAAUGACGAAACUUCGUUGUCGGCGCGUAUGCUCGGAGAGGCAUGGAGCACAGGGAUAUGGUUUAGGAAGGUUGUCUUCACCUGCUGGUGUCCAUAUGCGGGGCAAAACAUUCCACUCCAUUCAAAGCUUCCAGAAUAGCAAUUCAAUACCAGAAGUGGAACAUGGUCCUGUGUCACAAAAUCAGGAUACCAGUCAGAAGCGGCCCUUGCACAGAAAUCAAAAUACUCAUGGCCAGCAGCAAUUAACAGGUGCAAGCAAAGAACUGGCAACAGUCAAGACUGAAGAUAACACUGCAGAUUAUACCACAUCGUGUCUAUCAAGAGAAAAUGUUGUGACCGAUGACUACAAUGAAGGCUGUGUCAAUUCCUCCGAAGAAGUCAGGACGGAAGAGACAAGGCCCCUUCAGAAAUCAGACUCCGACAAGACCAGUCACCCUCAUCCUCAAGCCCACACUUUGAAGCACAACAGAGAGGCAGAGAGGCAAACAGAAGAUGAUUCCCAGUUCAGGACUUGGCAAGAAGCUGGUCAGUUACUAGAAGAUCCUUUAGCAUGGGCCCAGGAACAGAGAAAGUCAGGUGCUAACACUAACAUAUCAAAUGCAGAUGUGGAUCAUGGGACUUUCUCCAGAAAUAAGGGCACUUCUGAGAGUGCCACUAACUGUCUGCUCUCAGCUGGUUCCAUAGACUGGGAGCCAGAUCUGGUGCUUGUUGAUUCAGUGCCCAUUAAAGUGGAGACAGACAUGACCUCAGACUGGAACAUAUCUGAGCAUGGGAAUAUGAUCAGUAACAGUACAAGUGGCUCCAAUAUAACAUGCCCUCCCUUAAAUCACAGAGGUGAAAUGCCCACCACAUCACCUUGCCACCUGACUCAAGCUCACCAGGCAAACCAGGCUGAGAGGUCCCAGCAGCUUGGCCGGGCUUCAUUAGGGAACACUGGCAAUGCCCCUUUUCGUUGCAUAUCGUGUGGGAAAGUCUUUUUCCAGAUGGCGCACCUCAAGCGACACGAGCGCGUGCACACAGGUGAAAAGCCGUUUGGCUGCGUCCGCUGUGGAAAACGCUUCUCACACCGCCACCAGCUUACAAACCAUGUGCGUGUGCACACGGGUGAGAAGCCCUUUCGCUGCAUCCACUGCGGCCGCCACUUCACACAGUCCAGCCACAUGAAGAGACAUCUGAGCAUCCAUACGGGCCAGACACGAUCCCACAGCUGCGCUGGCUGUGGGAGAUGGUACACUACACAGGGCAGCCUCAUCAGGCACCAAAGGUCAGGCUGUAGUUUUGGGAGCUAGCAGUGUUCUCAACCACCAGUUUGUUCAUUUCCGCUGUGCCUCUAGCCCAGCUCUAGUCUCUAGCUAUAGGCUUGCAUUCAAGAGACUGUCCAUGAUUCUGUUGAAAGAUUGUUGAUAUUUGAGCUUUUAGAACUGUGUAUGAAUACCGGAGUCAUUUUUUUGUUUUUUUUUAAUGCACAAACAGCGCCAUCGCCAAGCAGGCUGUGUGGAGCAAUUUGCUGAAUUGUACAAUACGUUUAUCCAGUUGGGCUUAUAGACUUACAACCCCCCUUCCAAAAUUGUGAUGAUGUGUAAAAUGUAAACAUUAACAGAAUGCUAUGAUUUUCAAGAUAUGCAGCCUAAAUCAUAUGUUUAAUAGAAAAUAGUGCAAAGAUAACAUCAAUUGUAUUGUUUUUAAAAAAUAUAGAUAUAUGGUCAUUCUUAAAUGGAGAAUGCCAGCUAUAUGUUGGGACAGGGGCAUGUUUACCAUUGUGUUGCGUCACCUAGUCUUUUAACAACAUUUUCUAAACAUUGGUAACUGAGGAGACUAGUUAUUGGAGUUUUGAGCAAGAGAUGUUAUAUAUUUCAGCUGCUCAACAGUCUGAGGUCUUCAUAAUAGUGUUUUCCAUCCCAAUAUACAUCAAGUGUGACAGGUCUGGGCCGCAAACAGGCCAUUUUAGUACCUGGACUUUACUAUGGAGCGAUAACUCUUGUAAUAUGUGUAGAAUACAGUUUGGCAUUAUUUUCCUGAAAUAUUCAAGGCCUUUCCUGAAAAAGACAUUGCCUGCAUGAUUGCAUAUGUUGGCCAAAACCUGUAUAACAUUCAGCAUUAAUUCUGGCUCUCCAAAUUUGCAAGCUGCUCAUAUGGGCAGGCACUAAAGCACCUCCAUACCAUCUUAGAUGGCUUUUGGACUGUACGCUAAUAACAAGUUAGAUGGUCCCUCUUCAGCCCAGAGCCCAGUAUUUCUAAAAAUGAAUUACACCUUUUGAUUGGGCUUACCACAGGACAGUGUCCUACUUCGCCUCAGUUCAUUUUAAUAGGUCUGAUAAGAUUGUGGAACUUCUGGAUCAUGUCUAAAUGUGGUUUCCUCUUUGGAUGGUAGAGUUUUUCAGAGUUUGUGGAUGGAGCAUCAAACUGUGUUUGUAGACUGAUAAUCAGAAGUUUUCCUGAGCCCAUGCAAUGAUUUGAAUUACAGACACAGCUGUGUUUUUAAUGUAGUGUCAUCUGAUAUAUCAGUGAUGAAUACCACAUACUCAACCAAUCUGAGAUGCUCUUUUUCUACCCAAUGAGGAUGCCAGUUAACCUAGUUGUGAAAUGUUCCUCCUUGUUUUCUCUAGCAUUGCACAACUUUUCCAGCCUUUUAUUGCCCCAUCCCAUUUUUUUAAUAAUAUGUAUUGCAGGCAUCAAAUUCAAAAUGAGCAUAUAUUUUUUUAUAGAAUUGUGAAAUUGGUCUAUUACAACAUUUAAUAUGUCGUCUAAAGUCUAAAUAUGGGUGCAAAUGAUUUGCAAGUUAUCAUAUUCUGUUUUUAUUUACAUUUUACACAGCGUCCCAACGUUUUUGGAAAUGGGGUUGUAAAAUGUAUGAGGUUACCAAGUUGGAGAGUUUUUCUAUAAAGUGGCUGCAAGAAUAUACAACUUGUGUAGAUUUACUUGAAGUGUUUUUGCUGAUGAGAUUUUUAAAAUGUUGAGAUCUAUGAGAGACCUUUUCCCUCAUGGUAUUAAGCCUUUUUUCAGUGUAUACAUUUGUAAGGGGGGUGGGGUGUUGUAGCCUAGUUAAGAAAGAAAUUUGAUGUUAAUAAUAGUAGUGUCCUCUCUUUCCAUUUCUCUAUAAAUGUCACAAGUUGAGAAAGAUCAAUAAAAUGUUGCUAUUGUUGAA